GGCCUUUUGUAUCCAGCCCGUUGGAAGAAACAUGCUAGGCCUCUCUGUUUCGUCUGCCUCCAAACUACCUUUAUUACCUUCUAUCAAACCCUCAAAUCGGUCCCGCCAUAACCUUCAAUUAUCAUCACCACAAAAUCCAAACUGUGAACCCCUUAACCAUCGUCUGAUCCACCACCUCAAUGUGGGCCACCUCCACAAAGCAAUCUCCACCCUUGAUCUCAUGGCCCGAAAGGGUACCCACCCAGACCUCACCACCUACUCUCUCUUCCUCAAGUCCUGUAUAAGGUCCCGUAACUUCCAACUCGGCAAACUCGUUCACACCCACUACUUGACUCACUCCCAACUCCACCUCAACUCUCUCAUUCUCAAUUCUCUCAUCAGCUUGUACUCAAAAAGUGGGGAUUGGGCUAAAGCAAAAUCCAUUUUUGAUGAUAUGGGGGAUUUGAGAGACUUGGUUUCUUGGACUGCUAUGGUUUCUUGUUUUGCAAAUAAUGAUAUGGGAACUGAAGCCAUUGUCACGUUUCUUCAAAUGCUUGAAAAUGGGCUCUGCCCAAAUGAGUAUUGCUUUUCCGCAGUGAUUCGGGCGUGUUCGAAUGUGGAAAAUGUUCCCAUUGGGAGAAUGAUUUUUGGGUUUGUUAUAAAAAGUGGAUAUUUUGAGUCUGAUGUGUGCGUUGGGUGUGCGUUGAUUGAUAUGUUUGUGAAGGGUGGUGGUGAUGUGGAUUUAGCCUAUAAGGUGUUUGAGAAAAUGCCUGAGAAGAAUGCAGUUACUUGGACUUUGAUGAUAACUAGGUUUAUGCAAUUUGGGUUCCCAAUGGAGGCUGUAAAUUUGUUUUUGGAUAUGGUUUUGAGUGAGUAUGUACCGGAUCAAUUUACCUUUGGUGGAGUUAUUUCAGCUUGUGCAGAGCUAGAAUUGUUAAAUCUUGGGCAGCAAUUGCAUUCUUGGGUCAUACGGACUGGGUUGGCUUUAGAUGUUUGUGUAGCGUGCUGUUUGGUAGACAUGUAUGCUAAGUGUGCAGCAGAUGGAUCAGUGGAUGAUGCUAGGAAAGUUUUUGACCUGAUGGUAGAUCGUAAUGUCAUGUCUUGGACAGCAAUUAUCACAGGAUACAUGCAAAGUGGAGGGCGUGAUAAGGAAGCUGUUGAACUUUUUUGUGAAAUGAUCGAGGGUCAUGUUUCACCAAAUCAUUUCACCUUUUCUAGUGUCCUUAAGGCAUGUGCAAAUCUUUCUGAUCCCCGUAUGGGAGAGCAAGUUUACACGCAUGCUGUGAAACUUGGUCUUGCAUCGGUUAAUUGUGUGGGAAAUUCUCUUAUUAGCAUGUAUGCAAGGUCUGGCAUGAUGGAAGAUGCUCAUAAAGCUUUUGAUAUGCUGUUUGAGAAGAAUUUAAUUUCUUACAACACGAUUGUUGAUGCGUAUACCAAAAAUUUGAAUUCUGAAAAAGCCUUUGAACUUUUUCAUGAAAUCGAGGAUAUAGGAAUUGGGGCUAGUGCUUUCACAUUUGCUAGCCUCUUGAGUGGAGCUGCUAGUAUCAGUGCAGUUGGUAAGGGUGAGCAAAUUCAUGCACGGUUACUAAAAUCAGGGUUUGCGUCAAAUCAAAGCAUCUGUAAUGCUUUGAUCUCUAUGUAUUCUAGGUGUGGAAAUAUAGAAGCUGCAUUUCAAGUUUUUAAUGAUAUGGGAGGUCGAAAUGUUAUAUCUUGGACUUCAAUGAUUACUGGUUUUGCAAAACAUGGAUUCGCCUCUAAAGCUAUGGAAAUGUUCCACAAAAUGCUUGAGGAUGGUGUUAGACCAAAUGAGAUCACCUAUAUUGCUGUUUUAUCAGCUUGUAGCCAUGCGGGGCUGAUUUCCGAGGGCUGGAAACUCUUCAACUCAAUGUACAGAGAACAUGGGAUUGUUCCGAGAAUGGAACAUUACGCAUGUAUGGUUGAUUUAUUGGGCCGAUCAGGAUCCCUUUUAGAAGCAUUUGAAUUCAUUAAUUCAAUACCUUUCAAGGCUGAUGCACUAGUCUGGCGUACAUUUCUUGCUGCCUGUCAGGUUCAUGGCAACAAAGAACUUGGGGAACAUGCUGCAAAGAUGAUUCUUGAGCAAGACCCAUAUGAUCCAGCAGCAUAUAUCUUACUAUCAAACUUGUAUGCUUCCUCAGGUCAAUGGGACAAUGUGGCAAUAAUUAGAAAAAAUUUGAAAGAGAGAAACUUGAUCAAAGAAGCUGGUUGUAGCUGGAUAGAGGUGGAAAAUAUGGUGCACAAGUUCCACGUUGGGGACACUUCACACCCCCUAGCACAAGAUAUUUAUUAUGAACUGAACCAAUUGGCUUCAAAAAUAAAGGAAUUGGGCUAUGUACCCGAUACAGAUUUUGUUCUUCAUGAUGUAGAGGAUGAACUAAAGGAGCAAUAUUUGUUUCAGCACAGUGAGAAAAUAGCUGUGGCAUUUGGUCUUAUAAGCGUAUCCCAACCAAAGCCUAUUAGAGUAUUUAAGAAUCUUCGUGUUUGUGGAGACUGUCACACUGCAAUCAAAUUUAUUUCAAUGGCUAGAGGUAGAGAAAUAGUGGUGAGAGACUCAAACCGGUUUCAUCACUUCAAAAAUGGGACAUGUUCUUGCAAUGAUUACUGGUGAUGUUGAAAAAAUUUUCUUUUCGUUCUUUGUUUCUUUCUUCUUCUUCCUUUCUAUUUUUUUCUUUUUUUGUAUGACUGGCAGCAGCUUGCUUUCAGUUCAGAUCCUACAAAUGGAAAGCUUUAGAACGCACUACUGCCAGCUGCAAAUAAUCUUAAGUUGCCGUGCACAUUUGUCAUUAAUUCUUUCAGCUUUGAUGCUUCACUUGUUCUACUAGCUGUAACCUCUCUAAUUCAAAUUUUCAGAUUUGUGU